GAGCGCGAGGGAGGAGAGGAUGCGACCCGUGCUGGACACAGAUUGUCUUUUUGUUGAUGCUCGAAUGUGCAAACAGAUCUUUUCUUGUGCUCAAAUCGUCAUUUUUUCCUUAAAAGAAGGCACCAAAACUGAACAGGUGAUAAAAUGGGGAAUGGUUCGAUGAAAUCAAAGCGUUACAAACAUGCCGAUGGCUCAGCUUCAACAUCCAAUGGGCGAUCUUGGGGGGAGUCAAAAAACACAUCCCUGGAUUCCCUUAGAGCUCGAGUGGAGGAGCUGGAACUAGUGGGAAAGAGGAAAGACAACGAGCUUUGUGCUAAAGAGCAGCAGAUUAGAAGUCUGCAGGAGCAGCUGGCCAAACAGAUGCGGGUUCUGUCGGAGCUCAGCGAAGAAUUGCAGAACAAGUGCGUCCAGCUCAGUAAGCUGGAGGAUGUGAUGAAAAGCGGACCUCCGGCAAGUCUGGCUUCAAGGCCCCCUUCUGUUAAAGCUGGGGGCAGGAGCAGCCCCAACCUCAGUGUUCGUAUCAAGGAAACCCUUAACAGGAGGAGAGGUGCCAAAGCUGGGGUGUCGGCAGAACCCACAUCCCGGACCUAUGACUCCAGCAGCCUGCCAAAGUUUUCCUUUGAGAAGGCUCGGGUACCAAAGGAUGCAAGUGUUAAGAAGCUGCUAACAGACGCCCUCAACAAGAACCAGUACCUGAAAAGGCUGGAGCUGCAGCAGAUCAAAGACAUGGUGGAGUGCAUGUAUGAGCGCACCUACCAGCAGGGAGAGUUUGUCAUCAAGCAGGGAGAGCCUGGAAACCAUCUGUUUGUGCUGGCAGAUGGGAAGCUGGAAGUGUUACAGCAAAGCAAACUCCUCACCUUGAUUGCUGUCUGGACUACGUUCGGGGAAUUGGCCAUUCUCUACAACUGCACACGGACCGCAUCAGUGCGAGCGGUAAACAAAGUGAAGACAUGGGCUUUGGACCGGGAAGUGUUCCAGAACAUCAUGAGGAGAACGGCUGAGACACGACAUGAACAAUACCGCAACUUCCUCCGGAGUGUCUCACUCUUGACGAAUCUGCCGGAAGACAAGCUAGGCAAAAUAGUGGACUGCCUUGAGGUGGAAUACUAUGACAAAGGAGAGUAUGUCAUCCGGGAGGGAGAGGAAGGCAGCACCUUUUAUAUUAUCUCACAAGGGAAGGUGAAGGUGACGCAAACCACAGAUACCAAUAAGUUGCCACAGAUCAUCAACAUACUGCAAAAGGGAGAUUAUUUUGGAGAAAAAGCCCUUAUAAGUGAUGAUGUAAGGUCAGCCAAUAUCAUUGCGGAAGAGAAUGGGGUGGAGUGCCUGGUGAUUGACAGAGAGACAUUUGAUCAGACAGUGGGUAACUUCAAUGAGCUGCAGAAACACCUCCAAGGCUACGUGGCGACACUUGAGCGUGAUGACAAGAAGAGGCAUGCCAAGAAGUCAUUGUCUCGACACCAGAGUCAACCACUUUCUCCUGAUUUCAUCCAGCUGAAGGACAUAGUGUCUGUGUUCCCUUCAUCCAGACCUUUUGAUCACCUUGAUGUCAUCGCUACUCUUGGGGUUGGCGGGUUUGGUCGUGUGGAGCUGGUCAAAGUGAAGGGUGAGGACGUCACAUUUGCACUAAAAAUCAUCAAAAAGAAGCAUGUUGUAGAGAACAAGCAGGAAGAGCACAUCCAUUCAGAGAGGAGGAUCCUCGCAGAAGCCCGCUCGCCUUUCAUUGUCAAACUGUAUCGCACUUUCAAGGAUAACAAAUAUGUGUACAUGCUGCUGGAGGCCUGCUUGGGUGGGGAGAUCUGGAGUCUGCUCAGAGACAGGGGGAACUUUGAUGAACCUACGGCAAAAUUCUGUGUUGGUUGUGUGACAGAGGCUUUUGAGUACCUUCAUCGCAAAGGUGUCCUCUACAGAGACCUGAAGCCUGAGAAUCUCAUGCUGGAUACACAGGGAUACAUCAAACUGGUUGACUUUGGUUUUGCCAAGAAGAUCAGAUGUGGCCAGAAGACGUGGACCUUUUGUGGCACACCAGAGUACGUAGCCCCAGAGAUCAUUCUCAACAAAGGCCACAACUUCAGUGUAGACUUCUGGUCUUUGGGGAUCCUGGUGUUUGAGCUUCUCACUGGCAGUCCACCAUUCUCAGGAAGUGACCAGAUGAUGACAUACACUUUCAUAUUGAAAGGCAUAGAGAAGAUGGACUUCCCAAAGAAAGUUGCCAAGAGACCCGAGGACCUCAUACGCAAGCUGUGCAGGCGGAACCCAUCAGAGCGACUGGGCAACCUCAAAAAUGGAAUAACUGACAUUAAGAAGCACAGGUGGUUUAGUGGCUUCAACUGGGAGGGGCUGAAGGUGAGGACACUACCAUCUCCACUUAAACGAGAACUCACGGGGCCCACAGAUCACAGUUACUUUGACUGCUACCCUCCAGAUGAGGACAGUCCUCCUGAUGAGCUGUCUGGUUGGGAUAUGGACUUCUGAUUACCUUUUUCACCAUCUAUCUGUUGUUUGCCACUUUUCUUUUACACCGAUAUCUAAAAGCUCACUUGCAUUGUGGAUGUUCAGGUGAUCCUUAAUGACUACUUGACAUGGCUGAGGCCAAGAUUGGCUUACCGUAUAGUCAGUUCUCACAGUUUAUGGAAGAAUUUUUCUUUCAGUUUAGAUAUAAAGUUAUUCAGCAAGUAACAUCAGCACCACUGCCCCUCUGAUAGAUAAAUCUCACCAGCUCCGUAGAUAGUCAGAUCACUUGAAUCAUUGCUCCAUUUUUAAGACCCAUUUAAUCCUAUUUACACCUGUGGAAAGUUCAGUUCUCUCCCAGCUGUCUUUGAGGCAGAGGCAGGUGGUUCAUCCAGGAGCGAUCACUCAUCCAUCCAAUCUGCAUAACAAGGAAGCCCAUUUUUUUGUUGCAUUACAUAUUUGUUAAGCAAAGUGUUAAAACCAUCAGGUGACUUUUGUCUUACAUUGCAACAUAAAACUGAGUCUAAAGACACAUUUCUAUAACAGGUUAUCAAGGUGAGCAUUUAACCAGAACAAAACCGAAAACAAUUCCCGUCACCCCUGAAUAAUAAAAAAAACUAAAACAAACCAGAAAUCACCCUUCAUCCACCGAAGGAGCAACAAUCUCCACAAGCUAUUACAAGUUCACACACCAACACCAUUAGCUGGCCCAUGGGCCCUGAGUGCCAUCUCCCUCAUUUUUGGCAUGGCAGCUCAGGAGAGAAAGACACAUUACACAAACAAGACACACAACAUAUGUCUCUUGGUCAUAACAAGGACUCAAAGUUUUCAGGUAUGGAGGUAUAUGUUUGUUUUUUUCUAUAUUUUGAAUAUACAUCCUAUAACAUUUAGAUUCUUGAAAGAGCAAUCCAAGCCAGUCACGUGGAAAUUAAAGCUUGUUUACUCUGCUGGGCAUGUCCACUCUGUGUCAUUGUGCUGUAGCUGUUUUGCAGUGGGAGGUCAUGGUGCUCUUCUUGCUUUAAAUAAGUCCAAUGCAAAAAUUUAGUGCCUUUAACAAUUCACGCAGUAAUAAAAGUAACU